UAUCACCUACAGUAAAAACUAGAAAGUUCAGGAAAAGGCUAUACCUACCUAAGGAUUUGCAGCAAUGGCGUUGUCUUCUCCUAUUUUCUGCAAAAGCGCAAGAACGUAUAUAUCUGUUUUAUUUGUCUUAACACAUUUCAUCCUCUUAGUAGGGGCACCAAGGAAACGACCUGCGACAGGACCCUCAACACCAGUAAUAAAUAAAAAGCCUAAUGUUCCACGUAACACUCCCAUUUGCGAUGAACCUGCCUGUUGGAGUCUUGGAAGUGAUAUAAAGCAAAAUAUUAACCCCGACGUGAAUCCUUGCGAUGAUUUUUAUAAAUUUGUUUGCGGAAACUGGGAAAACAAGUUUCCUCAUAUCAAAAAGAAGCCUUUCUAUACUCAGUUUGAAAGGGCCAAGGAUACGAUAACCGCUCAAAUUAAAGAAAUACUUGAAGAGGAGCCGCGCAAUGAAAUUCUUGCCUUGAAGAAAGCUAAAAUUUGGCACAAGACGUGUAUGGACGAUGAAACUCUGAGACGGAGAGGACUUGAACCGAUUAAAGAAACGUUACAGAAACUAGGUGGAUGGCCGAUUAUACUUCCAAAUUGGACGCCCAAAGAGUGGCAAGACAUUGACCAUUAUUACACAAUUUAUAGACUUGGAGCAUCGGCUUUUUUUAAAAUACAGAUAAUACCAGACCUUCAAAACCAGACUGAAAGGCGAAUUCUUAAGUUGACCCCACCUCAAUUUUUGCUACCCGAGUACGUUUUAAUGAGGUCUAAUAGGCAUCAAGCGGAUAUCUUGGCUUACAACAAUUUUAUAAAUACUGUUUUGGGGAAUUUUAUACCGUCCACUGGAACUCGUAUUAACCCGCAAUCAAUUUUAACAGAUAUCGUUGACAUGAUGAUCCUAGAAAUGCAAUUAACUAAGGCUGCUAAUCCUGUGACACCAAAUCCGGCAACGCGAACAACGAGAAUGAAAAUUAGUGAGUUUUCUAAGUUAUUUUUACUUCAUCAGCGGAACCAAAAAAUUAACAAGGGUAUUUUUCUCCUUCAUUUGUACCAGUUACACGUAAUACCUGAACAGUUUUUCGAAACUGUAAAGGAACACAAGAGAAACAGAUUGAAGAAACACAUAAAAAUGACUCGUGCAGAACAUUUGGCAAAAAAGAUAUGGAAAGACAUGCUCCAGGUGAAUGCCGCCUACCAAAUCGACGCAAAUGUUUUGACCGUUUACGCCCCGCUGUUGGCGCCUCCAUUUUUUGUUUCGGGAAACUCCAAAAUGCUGCAACUCUACAAUUACGGUUCUGUCGGAUUUAUCAUAACCCACGAAAAUGGUCACGCCUUUGACGAUUCUGGUAAGCAAUAUCCAAUUUGA